AACUUCAGAGGGGCCAUAAAGUUCUUUUUCAUAAAAGAAAAAAAUGCGCCAAACUUUUACUGUAAAUCAGCUUUACAAGUCGGUCGUUAAGUCUGAGCGACUGGAAGCUGCUGCUCCAACGUGUCUGCACAGCAGGAACGUUCAGGACGUUUCUGCAGGUCCUCCAGGUCAGCUCCAAUAAUCUGAGCUUUAGGCCUGAAAAUGUCUUACGUAUCGGCCAAUCAGAGUGCGCGCUGAGCCGCGUGGGCUAACGUGGAGAACACAGCAAGUGAAAGAGGAAUCAAACUUCGGAUUAUUUGUCAGUCGUGUUUUGAAUCGGAGUGAACUCAGCAGAUCCGAACAUCAACAGGAAGGUUUCUGAUCCCUCGUGUGGUCAGUCUGAUCCUCACGGUGGACACAAACGGAGACGCUCUGAAGGACUUUCACCUCCUCCUCUGGUUUGCUCGCUUGUUACAGGAUGGCUGAUUCCAGACAGGAAAUAACUAAGCAGAACAAAGUGUUCUGGGGAACAUGAAGCCCUGAGGUCCUGAGGGACUUCACCAGAGUCCUGCAGCAGCAGGAGUCCUGAGGGGGGACAGGACGUCUCCCGCUCUCUUUAACAAUGGCCUCCACGCAUGACUGAGCCAUCAGAGCGCCAUCAGACUUUUCCCUCCACCACCAAGAGGAGAACACGGAACCCAGCAGAACCGCAUGGACGAGCGUUGACGUGCAGGAUCUUUAAGUGCCGUCGUCCUCGUACACAAACAUCAGAAGGACGUGUGACGCGACGUGACGCGACGCGACGUGACUCGACUCGCUGUUUAUGGGUUUUCAUUGUUAAAAAUAAAAAAUGUCAUUGUUGUAAAUAUGUUGAGUGGAAGACAAUCCUGCCAUUCAGAGUCCCUCACUUACGUCUGCCUGCGAUGCUAGUCGUCCGUCUCCCUGGUGACACUCGGCUGGACUUUGACUGGAAGACGUUUGUGUGUGUUGUGUUUGUACUCACACUGAAGCUCUGAGAAACACUGAGACUCGCUCUGACCCAGUCACACACCUGCACACACCUGACCUCUACAAGCAGCCACAGUUUGACAGCAGCUGAAGGCAACGACAGAAGGCGACGACUCCACAGCUCGACUGGCUGCUCCUCUGAGCUCGACAUAAUGCGAAGCUUGUUGUCAGUGACGCUGCUGCUGCUCCUGGCCCUGACCCUGACCCUCACCGCCGAGGCCAGCAGAAAAGCCAAAGGUCACAAAGGUGGGAAACAUGAUAAAUCCAGACCUGCUUCAGAGUGCUCCACUGCAGAGACCCGGUACGGGAAAUGUGUUCCAGAGCACGGAGACUGUGGAGACGGUCUGAGAGAGGCCACCUGCAAAGAUCGCACCGACAAGAUCCACUGCAAGAUCCCCUGCAACUGGAAGAAGGACAUCAGCGACUGCAAGUACAAGUUCGGCCCGUGGGGAUCCUGCGAUGGCGCCACCAACACCAAGAGCCGGUCAGGAACGCUGAAGAGAGCGCUGUUCAAUGCAGAGUGUCAGUCCACCGUCAAGGUGUCCAAACCCUGUUCCCCCAAAGUGAAGAAAGCCCGAGGGGACAAGAAGGCAAACUAAAGGAUGGAAACAGACGAAGAAGACGGCAGGAUUCAUUUCUCUUUCUCCAGCUGAACAAUCGUCUUCUCUCCUUCAUCAAACACAAAAAACCAAGAGACUCCUCCAAAACACACCAGCCACCUUUGAUUUUUGGCCUCCUUUGACGUUUAUUCUUCUUGUACCAGUUUUGAUCUGAUUUUCCUGGUUUAUUUCGAUUGAAGUGUGUGGAAAGCUUUUCCAGAAUCUUCCCUCUAGGUAAUAAUGAAUAAUUCUGUCCUCAUAGCGGAUAGUUUGUAUUAACAGUAAAUUUCAAAAUAGUCCUUUAAGCUUUUACAGUAGCUGAAGUUAAAUUAACAUACAAGACAUGUUCUGAUCCACUCUGCAAACUGCUCAAUGGUCCGGGACGUGAGUCACUGGGAAAUAAAGAGUUCUGUUUGAGAAUUGCCUUUAAAAUUUGUAAAAAAAACAAAAAACAAAAAAAAGGACUAAAAGGCUUGGGUGGAUCUGUACUGGCAAAGUCCUCUAUAAAAUCUAUUUUUUGAACUGUAGACUAUUGACAUUGCAAGAUGAAACUUGUAUAAAUGAACAAAUUAAAUACUGUACAUUGUUUUGGUGAA